ACUCACAGCUGCCCACCACUAAUAGGCCGGCGAAAAAAAAUAUAGUCUGCAAAAAUAAAAAUAAUAAAAUAAUAAUAAUAAAAAAAUAAAAUAAAUCAUCCGCCACCGGAGGACUACUUUUAAAUUGAAUAUUGCAAGUUUCGAACCAGUUUAUACCCCUUUUUUCCGUGUAUGUUUUCCGUUUCAUCCAAGUGGGAGCCAUGACCAAUCCGUCGCUCGCACACUGUUCCCUGGCGCUGCUGGCUUUCCUCGUCGCCGCACUGGCGGUGCUCGGCGAGGACAGUCCCAGGGAGCCGGACUACAUGAAGCGGGAGCACAGCUUGGUGCGUCCAUUCCAAGGCGUGGGCGUCAUCCUGCCACACUGGGACUUCCUGGGCAACACGAUGGUGACCAGCAACUACAUAAGACUGACGCCGGAUUUGCAGUCCAAGAGCGGCGCCCUUUGGAACUACUCGCCCGUGAUGACGCGCAACUGGGAGGUGCAUGUGGGCUUCAAGGUGCACGGCAAGGGCUCUGAACUCUUUGGCGACGGCUUUGCCAUUUGGUACACCAAGGAGCGCAUGCAAACAGGACCGGUCUUUGGCAGCAAAGACCAUUUCUCCGGGCUGGCCAUUAUCCUGGACACCUACAGCAAUCACAACGGUCCACACAAUCACCAACAUCCUUAUCUCAGUGCCAUGGUGAACAAUGGCAGCUGGAGCUACGACCACGAUCGCGAUGGAACGCAUACUCAGCUGGCCGGCUGCGAAGUUCGUUUCCGCAAUGUGGAUUACGAGACGCUGGUCAGCAUUCGAUACGAAAACGACAUUCUUUCGGUGUCUACGGAUCUGGAGAACCGCAAUGAGUGGAAGAGCUGCUUUGUGGUCGCCAACGUUGAGCUUCCCACCGGCUAUCACUUCGGCAUGUCCGCCACGACGGGUGACCUCUCCGAUAAUCACGACAUCCACAGCUUCAAGUUCUACGACCUGGAUUCCAACGUCAAUCACGAUGAGAUUAUCCGACGCACCAAUAUCAUACCGAAUGCCAAGACUUUUGAGCCCCCGCGUGAGCACAAGGAGGAUCCCAAGCCGGGAAUGUCGAACGCCAAGAUCUUCUUCAUCCUGCUGUUCGUGGUGGUCGUGGCGGCUGCAGUGGCUAUCUUCGCCAUCUCCUACUUCAAGGAUCGCAAUGCGCGAAAACGUUUCUACUGAGCUCUUUUGCCUCUCGCGCUAGUCCAUCAAAGUAUCAUGUUAGGAGUAUCCCGGACCUCAGUUGAUCCCAACAUUUAUUUAUAUUUGCGACUGUAUCCCAUUUCUUAUCACCCUUAUUAGUUUCCUUAAUUUUUUCGUGAGAGGGUAGACAUAAUAUUACACGUGUUGGAGAGUUAAAUUUAAGUGCAAAUUUUUAAUCUGAACUAUAGGAAAAUUGAGACCGUGAGAAUAUUAUUGCAUAGACAAGAUUAAAAGCCACCAAACAACAAA